AUGAAUAUGAAAUUUAUCUUUAACCCGUUUUAUUUCUUUUUCUUUUUCUUCAUCUACUACCAUUGUUCCUUCUUAAGUCGCACCUUUAUCCUUUCGUCAUCUUUUCUUUCUUUCUUUCUUACUUUCUUUCUUCCCUUCUUUCUUUCUUUCUUUCUUUCUUUCUUUUGUUUUUUUUUCUACUUCCUACCCUAUGCUUUGUCCAUCUCCUUUAUCUUAUUUCUUUUACGAUUUUCCUUUCUUUUUUUUCCCUACUUUUUCCCCCUCCUCCUCCUCCUUCGUCUUCUUCAAAUUACACUUGACUCAACAUAUCUAUCUAUCUAUCUAUCUAUCUAUCUAUCUAUCUAUCUAUCUAUCUCAGUCUGUUCAUAUCUAUCUAUCUAUCUAUCUAUCUAUCUAUCUAUCUAUCUAUCUAUCUCAGUCUGUUCAUAUCUAUCUAUCUAUCUAUCUAUCUAUCUAUCUAUCUAUCUAUCUAUCUGUCUGUUUGUCUGUCUGUCUGUCUGUCUGUCUCAGUCUGUUCAUAUCUAUCUAUCUAUCUAUCUAUCUAUCUAUCUCAGUCUGUUCAUAUCUAUCUAUCUAUCUAUCUAUCUAUCUAUCUAUCUAUCUAUCUAUCUGUCUGUCUGUUUGUCUGUCUGUCUGUCUGUCUGUCUCAGUCUGUUAAUAUCUAUCUAUCUAUCUAUCUAUCUAUCUAUCUAUCUAUCUAUGAUUGUAUUCCAUUUAACUGCCGCGUAUAAUUAG